AAUAUUCGCGCAUAUGGACGCGUGGGGUGGCGCUGCGCACGCUGGAUAGCCUGGUGUCUGGUGACUGGCACGGUUCCAAUCUCCGUUGGACCCUAUUCAAUCGCGAAUGUGCAGCCGCAGUGCAUUUUUGUAACAAUGUCUUCUUUGUUCAGGACUAACAGUGCUUCGUGCAUACCUAGUUUCUAGUAUUUAUUUGACUUAGUUUUGUAGUUCGUCACCUUCUCUGUCCGAAACUGAGGCAUUUACUUCGAAGUUGAAAUUCGAAAUUCGCAAUGGAAAACUACACCAAGUUCCUCAAAACGAUGCUGUGAUAAACCUUAGUUAAGAAAAAAAACAUUAUCUGUGAUCCAAACUACUUAAACAUCCCUAGAUCAAAUAAAGAAUGACCAACAGUAAUCAAGACACCCUGGAAGAGGUAAAGAUCGACAGUGAGAAGAACAAAAAUGUGCCCACAGAGUGGGAAAGACUGUUGCACAAAGAGAAUCCUCUGCCUAUCAUUGUGCCAACUCAAGGAAACAAUUCAGCGCCCACUCUGGUCAAGGACCGACGGAAAUCAGAGUCGAGCCUCCUGGGCGGUUUCAACAGGACCUUCACCAGGUUGUCUUUGGCUGCUGCCAACGGAAAAGACCUCGCCAAUGGUCAUGUGUUCAGUAGAUACCGUCAGUCAAGAUUCAACGCUAGAAGAAUAAGAAAACGUAUUAUUUUCAAACAUGGCGACUGCAAUGUGGUGCAAGGCAAUGUUGCCAAGAGGAGGAGGAAAUACCUCCAGGACAUCUUCACGACCCUUGUGGACGCACAGUGGAGAUGGACGUUGUUGGUUUUCGCAUUGAAUUUUAUAUUGUCCUGGUUGAUUUUCGCUCUGGUAUGGUGGCUGAUAGUUUUUACGCACGGAGAUCUCAACGAAGAGCAUUUAAAUGGUACCGAACCAUGGACACCCUGCAUUCAAAACAUUCAAGGCUUCACUUCCUGUUUCCUGUUCAGCGUUGAGACCCAACACACGAUAGGAUACGGAGGAAGGACGACAACGGAAGAAUGUCCGGAAGCCAUAUUUGUUAUGUGCCUACAAAGUAUUACUGGAGUUAUGAUUCAAGCUUUUAUGGUGGGAAUAGUUUUCGCCAAAUUGUCUAGACCUAAGAAGAGGACGCAGACGUUGCUAUUUUCUAGGGUUGCUGUGGUUAGUCACCGAGAUGGCAUACCUUGUCUGAUGUUCAGAGUUGGGGAUAUGAGGAAAAGUCAUAUAAUUGAGGCCCAUGUUAGAGCCCAGCUGAUCAAACAUAAAAUAACGAAGGAGGGAGAGAGUAUACCCUUCUACCAAACUGAAUUGAAGGUCGGUUGCGAUGGGGAGCAGGAUAAAAUUCUCUUCAUUUGGCCCACCACUAUAGUACACAAGAUUGAGAAGGGUUCUCCUUUGUAUCAUAUGUCCGCUACAGACCUCCUGAGGGAGCGUUUCGAAAUCAUUGUUGUUUUAGAAGGUGUAAUAGAAUCAACAGGCAUGACAACGCAGGCGCGGUCAAGCUACCUACCCUCUGAAAUAUUAUGGGGACACCGUUUCCAAUCCCUCGUUUCUUUCAAGAAAGAAACGGGAGAAUACGAAGUGGACUACGCCAUUUUCCACAAAACAAUGGAGGUGGAUACCCCACUUUGCAGUGCUAGUCAGUUGGAUGAACACAGAGCCAUGUUCAUCAACGAAGGUCUUGAUCACCUAAGACCCUCACAAUUCCCAUCAGUGCGAACGCAUUCCAGUGAUACACUCUGUAGCAUGGACUCGAUAUCGGACCAUGAUGAUCACAUAAUGAUGAAGAUACCAGCCAGUCCCAUACCAGUGACAGUGACAGGACCCGAAGAAACUAUUCCACUCAAGUCGGACGCAGACAAGAACAAGAAUCACCUGCUGGAAGCGACUUAUUGAACUUAUCGACAUUCUGAAUAGUGAAGAACGCUUCUUUCUUCAACCGGAUUUCAUUUGUAGGCUGUACUUAGAUUAUAUUAAUCAUAAGUUUGAUGUAACUCAUCCAGUAAAAUAAAAAGUGAUUUUACCGUUUCUGAUACACA